AUGAAGGGCAAUGAAAAUAAUUUCAUGCUCGCUACCACAUACAAUGUUACAGCUGGCCAAGUGAUCUUCUUUCCUCAAAAUACACUGCACUGGAUAAAGAACGUGGGUCAUGAAGACUGCUUCUUCUUGCUCUUCUUUUCUACACACGAUGAGCUGCAGACUCUAGAUCUAGAUGAUGCCUUUUUUUCUACACCUGAAGACAUUGCUUCCAGGUCUCUUAAGCCUGAAGGUGGAAUUAAUUUCAUUAGAAAAUUCCAGAAGCAAACAGAGGAUCAGGGGGUCAAUCUUCCUCCCAACUUGGCAGAGCUAGUUACAAAUGCUACUUAUGUACAGUCUCCUGACAGCAUUGUGUGGAGAUAUUUUUUUGACCUUAAAGGUUCAAAAGAAUAUAAGUUUCCAGGGGGAGUCAUCCAGCUAGCACAGUAUUGGAAAGAUGCAGAUGAACUAAACAGCAAUGAAAAAAUUUUCAAUGAAUUUCUACAUCAGCAUCAAAAUGUCCUCGCAUUGAGUACACUCAGGAUUUAUAAUAAUGGAUUAAGACAGCCACAUUUUCAUUUCAAUGCAAAUGAAAUGGGAUAUGUAGUGAGCGGAUGUGGAAAGGUGGGCAUCAUUAAUACUGAGAGAACCAUUGAGUUUAAUAUCCACAUUGGAGACGUGGUGUUUUUUCCUAUGGGAACCCAGCAUUACAUCAAGAACACAUGUGAUGAGGAUUUGCUCUUUGUUCUUGCCUUCAGCACCAGAGAUCAGGUACAAACUCUUGACAUGGAUGAUUAUCUCCUGGCCACCUCAGACCAUAUUUUGGCCCAGCUUUUCUUCAGAAAGCAAAGCGAGUUUAAGAAGAUUCCCAAAUUCACGGAGGACCAGGCCAUCAACCUACCUUAAAUUACUAAUGACUUUAUAUCUACUGUUCUUUGUCAUUUGUUGAUAAAGAAAGGCCACUGGCUAAGAAAAUGUGGCUUGUUACACAAUGAAGUGAGGCAACCAAGGCACAACAGCCCUAGGAUCACCCAUGUGGGCAUCUGAAUAUGAAAAUGAUCGAACAUUUCACAUUUGGGUGUCUGAUGUAUUUGAUAAAUUGGCAUUAUUAAUGCAUUUUAAUAUGUAUAUACAUACAUAUACAUAUGUAUGUCUUAUUACUUCAAAUGUAUAGUGUUAACAUUUGUUUUUAUACAUAUAAGUAACAUUUAACUAUGCAAGUACUAGUCAUUAUUCAUCACUGUGGGAGUUAGAAAAGAGACUGGUUUAUGUAUGUAGUUUGUGAGGCACUGUAAUCCAUAUGCAAGGCCAUGUCUGAGGAGUUUACUACCAUGACUUAAAUUGGAGAUUCUCAAUCCUUUUUGGCAUGAGGUUGUUUUGAUAUAGUCAACAUUAAAAAAUUUCAGUCAUACCAGUAAUUGUGUACUUAUAUUACCACAGAAGAUAUUUAGUGGCAAAAUGGAUAUGAACUAAUGCCAUCUUUGAAUGUAUUUGGACUUUCUUGGUAACCUCAUCAUCUGUCUACAUUUGAGGAAGUUCUUCCCAUGUUUGAAAAACAUCUGAUAGUUUGUUGUUGGUGUUGGCUGUGUCUGAAGAUUCAGGGGUCCCUUAUAAUCUUUCUGAAGCUGGUUGGGGCUGGUGGUUUCUUAAGUUAUAUGAAAAGAAUUAGUGUAUAUUUGAUAUGUACCUUAAUUUUGAUUGCAGUUUAUUGUAACAGGCAUUUGAUAUACUGACAGUGUGCUAAUCAAUACCAUCAGCUCUGAGCUACCCUAUGUAAAACUCUUAAGGAGAUAGAGCUGGCUUUAAUACCAUCUUUUAGUCAUUACCCUAAUACAUAAUCUGAUUUCUUUCAAAGGCUCAGACCGUUUCUUUUUCUUGGCUACAAAAGAAUCUGUCCUUUCUUUUCCUCCUCUGACUGUCUCUCUCUUCAUUAGACUAUCUAGCUCUACUGCUUACUAGUAGAACAAUACAGUGAGAACUUUUAUCAGGGGUACAUGGCUACCUACAAAAAGGGCUGUAGGAACAUGAUGAUAUCUUGUCUCUGCUCUCAGUUGUUUGCUAGUCCAUUUACCCAUAUAAGAUAAGCACUGUGUUGGAUAUUAGAGAGACAUAGUUGAGUUAAUCUCUGCUUCAAGGACUACUGAGGUAGACAUGAGGGCAUAUAUUACAAGACAUGGUAGAAAUUCACUAUGAUAAGUGGUAAAUGUGUGCACACAAACUAUAUAUGGAUAUACACAUUCAUGUAUAAGCAAAACACCAACCCCAGCUCUGGGAGCCAUAUGGAGGGUGUUAAGAUUUCCUGGAGUAGAUCUGAGUGAAGCUGAGCAGUUAGCCACAAUAUUAAGAGGAAGAUGGAAUCUGUGAGCAGGCAAGCUCUUCUAGAUUGAAGGUUGAAAGAGUCAGUCAGUAGUGCCAAACAGGAAAGUGUGAGAAAGCAGUUCACUGUGGGUGGAGGAAAAGGCCAAUAACAAGGGAUGAGGUAGAGCUGGGAGGGUCCUGAUAGUGAAGAUGCCAAUAUCCUUUAGAGCCAUGUUACUGUGCUUUUCCUUAUUGCCUUUUCCCAGUAGAGCCAGCCAAGAUCAGAGCUUAGCAGUAAGCAGAGGCUUAGCGGUGUUCUGGAGGGAAGUAAUGUUGAAAGGACUUAGGGAAUAGCAUAAAGGAAAUGGCACAUGGAGGAGGAUAUCCAAAUAGAUGCAUUGCUUUAGUCAUCAGUAAUGACUAAAUUACUCUGUGAGGUUGUUUUUCUCACAUAAAACAAUCUCUGAACUGUUAACAGGAGCUUUCCUUACUGACAAACUCUGAGGGUCAUAAGGCAGAAAACAAUGUGUGUACAUAGCUUUUAUCUGCAAAUUUUACCUUUGAAUGUUAAAAAAAUAUAUUCUAUAAGUGUGUUUAUAUGUAUGUACUCCUUUUUAUGUACUAGGAAGGACUGUAUCAGAUUACUAUGUGGUCAUUAAAUAAAAAUUUUUUCUAUCUUGUUA